AACUAAGUUCAAGCAGAAAGUUGAUCGAAAUGGCGAACGGUUUGAGGCAAUCAACGGAAAUGAAAACUUUAGUGCAACAUGACUUCAAAUAUGACAAUCCAAUUCACUCGGAACAAUCAUCAGCUCACGGAGGUAGUCGAUCUGAGUUCAACGAUGGGCAGGACUACGACCAGGACGUCAGCUAUGAUCUGCAGUUUCACAAAGUGAUCGUCAAAAGGGCAAUGGAUAUCGCGAUGCUAACGGCGAAUGCCAACCAGUUACGAUUGUUGUUUACCUACAAUAGUCAGUCUCAAACGUUUGUUGCUUGCGUUACGUUGGUUAUUCUUUCACUGUUGUUGCAGACAAGCGUAGCGAUUUGCUUGGUAAUUGUGAAGAGCCAUCCCAAGCCCAGGAGAAAUGUUCACAUGAGGAGACUGAAGACCGCAUCUAAAAUUGGCGUUGUUAUAAUAACUGUUAUCAACAUUUUGGUGGCUUCGCUGGUGAUAACUCGGGGUGAAAUUGGAACGGCUAAUCAAACUACUGUGAAUAUGAGGAUUAAAACAUGAAACGAUA